GAGACGACUCAAAACACCAGGCGCAGUUUCACAGCAAUGGCCACAAGAGUCCCGACUGUGCCUGGACAAAACUCACUGCAGCGGCUGAACGCGCUCCUGUGAAGACUGGGAGAGACCUUUUGCUUUUGCCGACCGUCCGUGUGUGAAUAAAACACACAUUUUCAGAGAGUUGGAUUAUGAAGGAAUAACCGCUUCUUACCCAAAACCCAUUCAGCUUGCAAUCUUUGAAGUGGAUGACGUGAUCGCAGAAAGAGGACUACAUUCUCUGCUUGUGUGCUAUGGCCUCUGAUUUGCACCGUCUCAGCAUCAGUGCCUUGUAACACUCAAGCAGAACUCAGUAAACACUGGGGUGGUUUGAGCUGUAUGCUGCUGCAGCAGGGAUGAUCACGUCCCAUAUGAACGGUUAUGUGCAAGAGGCCUCUGGUCAGCUCAAGAGCCACAGGGAGAGGGCAGUGGACUGUCCAGGGGAGGAAAGUAGCCUUGUCAAAUCUCCACACUGCAGUGCCCACAUGGAGAGGAUCCAGCACUACCAAGAGGAGCUGAGGAAGAGGAGAGAGGAGGACAGCAGGGGGAAGCAUGACAUCGACCCCAACGCUUCACUGAGGCUCAAGAAGCUGUCACAGAACCCCAAAGUGGGCAUUGACAAUCCCACCUUCGAGGGGAAGGAAAAGGCCACCAAAGACACAUGCUCCCAGGAUCCUGUAGCCGAACUGGAGGAGGUACUGCAGGCUCUGAAGUAUGUGCAGCACUGCCUGACUGAUGCACAGAGCCAGCAGGAUGUGGAGCUGAUAAUGCAGCUCCUUGCAGAGGAGGACUUCAGGAAUGCCUACACCAUCUACAGUGCUAUAUCACAGCAGAAGAGCAGAGUCAGUCCCACCUCACCCCUCACAGCACAAGCAGAGGAUCUCUGCCAGGAGGUACAGAAGAUUCUCCAGUCCAGCCAACAGAAGGAGGGUUUGGAGCUUAAGGCUCUGCUCACCAAUCCUCAUCUCCAGGCACUGAUGCAGGUCCAUGACAGUGUGGCAGUGCAUGAAAUGGCAGAGGAAAAUGAGACCCAAUACAUUGGAGAGACAGUUAAACUGGUGCGCCUGGAGAAAGCCCGCGACACUCCACUGGGUGCGACAGUACGUAAUGACAUGGACAGUGUGGUGGUGAGUCGUGUGGUGAAAGGCGGCAUGGCAGAGAGUAGCGGCCUUCUCAGUGAGGGAGAUGAGAUCCUGGAGAUCAACGGCAUUUCUAUUCGUGGGAAACACGUCAAUGAAGUCCACGACUUACUGCAACAAAUGCAGGGCACUCUGACCUUCCUUCUCAUCCCGAGCUCUCAGAUUAAACCUGCCCCGCACAGACAGACUGUGAUGCAUGUACGAGCUUACUUUGACUACGACCCCUCUGAUGACCCCUUCGUGCCAUGUCGCGAGCUGGGCCUGUCCUUCCAGAAGGGAGACAUCCUCCAUGUCAUCAGCCAGGAUGACCCCAACUGGUGGCAGGCCUACAGGGACGGAGAUGAGGACAACCAGCCCCUGGCUGGACUCAUUCCAGGGAAAAGCUUCCAGCAACAGAGAGAGACCUUGAAGAAAACUAUAACAGACAAGAGUCGAGAGCACCAAGGGAAGCUUUGGUGUGCGAAGAAAAGCAAGAAACAGAGGAAGAAGAGCACACCUAACUUGACCAAAAAUAUUGACUACGAUGACAUCCUGACCUAUGAGGAGAUGUCGCUUUAUCACCAGCCUGCCAAUCGUAAACGCCCCAUCGCUCUGAUCGGUCCCACAAACAGCGGUCACGAUGAGCUGCGUCGGCGACUUCUGUCCAUUGAACCAGAAAGAUUUGCUGUUGCUGUUCCGCACACAACCAGAAACCCAAGGAUACAUGAGCGGAAUGGGUGCGAGUACCAUUUUGUGAGUCGGCCUGCCUUUGAAACCGACUUAGCGGCAGGGAAGUUCAUUGAGUCUGGGGAAUAUGAGAAGAACUUGUACGGCACCAGCACCGACUCAAUUCGACACGUCAUCAACUCUGGACGCAUCUGUUUGCUCUGCCUCCACACCAGGUCACUGCAGAUAUUGAGGUCCUCCAACCUCAAGCCCUAUGUCAUCUUCAUCGCUCCUCCUGCUCAGGAACGACUACGCACCCUGCUGGCCACAGAGGGGAAAACACCAAAGCCUGAAGAGCUAAAGGAGGUCAUUGAAAAGGCCCGCGAGAUGGAGCACAAUUUCGGCCACUUCUUUGAUGCAACCAUUGUGAACAUGGAUCCAGACCAGGCUUUUCACGAGCUGCGCAGGCUGAUAGACAAGCUGGACACUGAGCCACAGUGGGUGCCCACCUCCUGGCUGUGCUAGAGGUCACAGGGUCUCACCGCAGGGAGCCUCAGGGCAAAAGAAGAUAAACAGAAGGGCAAAAAUGAAUGUUCCUGGAGAUUGAAAAAUGGACAGUGCUGAUUGUGACUGGAUUUUUCACUUGCACAUUCUCCUCAUUUAUAGAGGAGGUGAUCUUUACCACAUGUUGUAGGGACUCAAGUUUCUUACAUUUCUUUUCUUGUGUCUUUGUGGGUGAUUUUUUUUUCUGUUUGUUUGUUUUAUGAAGGUUCUUGUGGAUCUCAGUUUUAUGCAAAGUCAUUUAUCAAACCAAUAGAAAUAUUUCUAUCCUAUUCUUCAUAGUUAUUUAUAAUUGUAAAUAUAUAUUUUCUAGACCAAAGGAUAUUUUAUUGUUGCAUUUUGUGUGUGUGAUAUACACCAUGGUACACUAGCUGGGAGAGUGUUAAUGUCACAAUUAUAAAAUGGCCUCCUGAUAAAGCAGUAAGCCAAAAGCUGUUUAGAUACGAAACAGAAGAUAAGCACUUGUACUUAAAGUAGCUGCAGUGUGACGUCUUCCAUUCAGAAACACACAAGACAAAUCUGCUUUAACCAGCACAUUUUUGGGGUACUUCCUCUACACAAGUGUCAGUAUUAUUUCAUGUUGUCUCAUGUACGAUGUGAUAACAGACCACAAAUCUAAGAUAUUGUCUCUAGCUGGUUAUCAUUACUAUCAGUAUAUCAUGCUGUAAAGCACUGCUGAGAUAGUUUUUUUUUUUACCAGUAUUGUAUGAACAAAACAUCUUAUCACUUAGUGUAACUCCAACAAAUAUGGUAUUGCUUCUUUGCAAGGUACUUGCUUAAAUCAUAAGCACAAUUCUGGAAAAGAGUGUUAAUAAAAUACAUAUGUGAACAAGUGAUGUA